AUGGCGCCCAAGAAGAAGAAAGGAGAUGGUGAGGGUGGAGGAGGUAAAGCUAAGUCAAGUAAGUUGACCAGGAUGAAUGAGAUGGACAGGGUCAAGUACCUGGAGAGAAGGAUGGCGGAGGAGGAGGAGGGAAGGAAGAGGAAGGAGGAGAUGGUGGCUGGAUAUCUAGGUUUGAAGCUAAAACAUGAAGAGAGAAGCGUAACAGUUAACAAAGCCAAGAUCACAGAACAAUGGAGGAGCAUUCUUAGAAGAGCAAAAACAGUUGAUCUUAGGAGGGAUGUAGGAACUCUCAAGGAUGCAUUCCAAAGAGCUCUCGAAAAGAAGACGACAUUUAUCGACGGUCUGCUUUUAGAAAUAGAACAGUCUGAGGAGCAGUACUCGAUGGUUUUCAGAGCUGAGAUGGAAAGUGUUGAGCACAUGGUGAAUAUCCAGGAACAGAGGUUGACCGGUCUCUUGGCUGCAUUUAAUCAGCAGAAGGAAAACCUACUACAAACCAGUCGCAGGGAUAAAGAUGAGAUGAAGUUGACUCAGCAGAGUGAUGAAGCGUAUCUGAAUGAUAUUCAGAUUGCUCUCGAGCAAAAACAUAGUGAGCUAGAGACAAUUCUUAGGUCUGAGUUUCAAAGCAGAAAAGAUGAAGUAAGGAAUAGAAACUUGGAGGAACUUACAACCCUUAAGAAUAGCAUGGAGGAAACCAUGGACAGUCUUUGGUCUCAACUUCGCCAUCAGAUAAAAAACUACAGGGAUUCCACAGCUGACAAGCGACGAACCUACACAGAUCUGCUACAGAAAGAUAAGAAGGGAGUAAUGGAACUCCAGAAUAAUAAUAUCAAAAUACAAAAAUUACAGAAUGAGAUAUCUCAAUUAAGAAGAAGUGUUAAUGAUGAAGGAACAGAUCCACUGGAUGAAACUUCACAACUUAGAAAAGAGAAGGAAACCUGCACCACUCAACUUCAUCAGCUGAGGCAUAGUGUUUCUGUACUAUCCAGGAAUAAAGAGCAUCAGAAACUUAGAAGACUUGCUGUUGAAAGCGAUGAAAUUUUGUCAGAACUGAAGAUGUUGAAAACUGAACAGGAGCAUCUGAUGAAACUACAUAAGAUGACCCAAAGGCUGGCCACCCAACAGGAUAUAGCCCUCACAUUGACCAAUCCACUGGAGAAAUAUCUUACCCAGGAUGAAAAGACUGAGUUGGCUGAUAUAGAAGAGAAGAUCUGGGAUCCAACCCUGGAGAUUCCGGUCAAACUCAGGAACCUGGAACCUAUCUGGAGAAAACUAAACAAGGCUGAACUAGAUUAUACUGCAAUACAACGGGAGAAUAGAAGUCUUGAACUAGAAAACAAGAAUCUUAAAUCUUAUCUCAGAAACUAUAUAGAUCUCGCAUCCAUUCAGGUCCAAUUAUGUUCUUCACAUUUGUCAGUACUUCUUCAAAAGUUUGGAAUUGUUUUUCCCUUUCUUUGA